CCGGGAGGAGGGCGGCCAUCUUGGUUACAAACACAAACAAGCGGCGAGAGGAGGAAGGAGAGCGAGAGAAGCGGAGCCGUAGACGCCGCUGCGGCCUCCUCCUCUUUCCCCUCUCCCGUCCCCCCCUCUCCUCCUCCUCCACCCCGCGCGCGCGGAGCAGUUGCGGAGAGUUUCUCCGAUGUGAAUUGAGCCGCGGAGGUCGUGUCGCGGGGGCCCCAAGGCCGAGCAGCCUUCUGGGGAAAUCGCCCGUGGCUUCUGGCUCCGGGAGCAGCGCCGCUGGGAGGACCGCUCGCGUCAGACAAGGAGGCCGACUCUCCCUCACCUCCGGCCGCGCUCUUGGCUUUGCCGGUGACCCCCAUCCCCGUGGCCGCUGGCAAGGAGGCGGCGUGCUGUGGGGUUGCUGCUGAGAUAUACAGGUUCCCUGCUGUUGUGAUUGGACUUCCCAACCUGAGGGGGUGAUCCAGGGCGGAUCCUUGUUAAGCUAUAACGCAGGUUUUUGGGGAAGAGAAGAAAGAAGACGAGCGCCAGAGGAAAGCCAGCCCAGGAGCGGUAGAGAUGGCAGCCGAGACACUGAACUUUGGGCCAGAGUGGCUCCGCGCUCUCUCCAGUGGCGGGAGCGUCGCUUCCCCUCCACCCUCCCCUGCCAUGCCAAAGUACAAGCUAGCCGAAUACCGAUACGGGCGGGAAGAGAUGUUAGCACUUUACGUGAAAGACAACAAGGUCCCGGAGGAGAUCCAGGAUAAAGAGUUCUCUGCCAUUCUCCAGGACGAUCCUCUGCAGCCUCUGGCGUUGGUUCCCUUAACGGAAGAGGAGCAGAGGAACUUCUCCAUGUCUGUGAACAGUGUUGCGGUGCUAAGGCUGAUGGGAAAGGGGGCUGGGGCUGCCCCGGCCGGAGUCUCCCGGGGGAGAGGCAGCACCCGGAGCCGAGGCCGUGGCCGUGGCGAGAGUGGCUUUUACCAAAGAAGCAUUGAGGAGGCAGAAGGGGCGUUUGGCCGCGGUGGGGUCCGCGAGAUACAUCGCAGCCAGAGUUGGGAUGACCGAGGAGAACGACGGUUUGAGAAGCCCAUCCGACGGGAAGGAGCUUAUCUGCCGCCGUCUCCCUCCUUAUUUGAAGCCCGGGCUCCGUUUGAGGAGGUGGUUCCCCCGGGGCGCAAGGAGUUUGCCCGCUCGGACAGCGACAACUGGCGCACCCUCCGAGAGGAGCACGAGGAAGAGGAAGAGGCCAGCAGCGGUGCUGUGGCCGUGGCUGGGGGCAGCUGGCGGCAGAGUGGAGGCCCCCGGCGGGAGAGCGAGCGCUGGCGGUCCGCUAGCCCAGACGGAGGAGGCCCUCGGUCUGCGGGCUGGCGGGAGCACGGCGGAGAAGGGCGCCGGCGGAAGUUUGAUUUUGACUUCCGAGAGCGGGAGGACGAGCCGCGGAGCGGGCGCCGGCACCGGCACAACAGCGACAGCUUCGAGGACGACAAAGACGGCCUCCCCGAGUGGUGCCUGGAGGACGAGGAAGAGGAGAUGGGGACCUUCGACUCCUCCGGGGCCUUCAUGUCCCUCAAGAAGAGCCCCAAAGAGCCGAUCCUUGAGGAGCUGGAGUUAAGCUUCCAGCCCCUGCAAGAAGAGGAAGAGGAGGAGGAGCUGCCGGAGGCCAAGGACGGCGACAGGAGAGAGGGCGGGGAGGUCCCUGCCAGCCCCACAGACAAGGAGGGGCCGGAGAGAGAACGGAAGGAGCCCCGGCAAGUGCCGGAGGAGAAACUGCCUGCUCCUCCCGGUGCCCCGUGGCGAACGGGCCCCUCUUUCCCCACUGCUACUGCCCCCGGGGGUGAAUGCGAGAGCGUCACGCCGGGGGUCUCGUCGAAGGUGGAGGUCUCGGGGCUGGCGCCUGGUGGCAACAAGGAGAAGGAAGCUCUCGAUGGGGAUCCGUGCCUCCUCAGCCACCCGGCUCAGCUCAACCCGGCUGCUGUGGCUGCCCUUCCCACGCCGGCGCCCUCGUCCGCAACUGCUGCUGCUGCUACUACUGAAUUCACAGUUGGGGACAACGAGGAUGAGGACGGGAUGAAGCACCUGCAGCAGGAAGCGGAGAAGAUGGUGGCUUCCUUGCAGGACAGCUCUCUGGAGGAGGAGCACUUCACCCAGACCAUCGUGGACCAUCGCAACACGGCCGCCGCCUUGCCGCUCUCCCACGAGGCAGCCAUGAAGUGGUUCUACAAGGAUCCCCAGGGGGAGAUCCAGGGCCCCUUCACGACUCAAGAGAUGGCUGAGUGGUUCCAGGCCGGCUACUUCACCAUGUCCCUGCUGGUGAAGCGAGGCUGCGACGAGGGCUUCCAGCCGCUGGGCGAAGUCAUUAAGAUGUGGGGAAGAGUGCCUUUCGCUCCGGGUCCAUCGCCACCCCCCUUGCUGUCUGCCCAGGGAAACAUGGACCAGGAGCGCCUGAAGAAGCAGCAGGAGCUGGCCACCGCUGCCCUCUACCAGCAGCUCCAGCACCAACAGCUGCUUCAGCUUGUCAACAGCAGGCAGUACGCCCAGUGCUCCCUCCAGCAGAAGGUGGCGGCGGGGGACCUGACGCAGCAACAGCUCACCACCUUCCUGCAGCAGCUGCAAGCUCUCAAGCCAAGAGCCGGGGAGCAGGGAAUGAUUCCUUCUAUGAACCGAUCAAUAUCUGUGCCAGAUACCGGGUCCCUGUGGGACACACAUACCUCAGCCUCACCGCAAGCAGGCGGUGAGACCAGCUUAUGGGAUAUUCCAAUUAAUUCUUCAACUCAGGGUCCAAUCUUAGAACAACUUCAACUGCAACAUAAACUACAAGAGCGGAGAGGCGCCGAACUCAGGGCUAAGAGGGACGAGGACGAGCGGAAGCGGCGCCAGGAAGAACAGAAGCGCCGCGAGGAGGAGGAGGUGUUCCGACGCAAGCAGGCAAGGGCAGCCAGCGCCAGCACGGCCUCUCAUGCGCAGCUACCCUCUUCCUCGUCAUGGGGCCAGCAGUCCGUGAACAGCUCUUCCUCCACCCAGAACAGCUUCAGCAUCUCGGAUAUCCAGAAACUGGGGGACGUGCGGGCCUUGCGGGAAGAGUGCCGCCACCAGGAGCUCCUGAAGCUGAUCCAGCAGCAGCAGAACUCUCACCCGCUGUGGACCAAGCAGAACGUCUCCAUGAAGGCCCUGCUGGAGCUGCAGCAAGAGUCCGAGAGGCACAUGCAGAAACAGCAACAGAGGGCGCAGCAGAGAGCCCACGGCGGCCACAGUCUGACCAGCCUCCCGUCGCAGUGGGGGGCUGACUCGAGCCCACUGUGGGGAGCCCACGAGAAAAACAGCUCCAUCAGCCUCUGGGAGGAGAGCAUGAAGAACGCCGGCCCCCUCGCCAGGAGCCUUGGCUUGAAGAACAGCCGCAGCAGCCCGUCCCUGGGGGACACGUACAACGCCUCCUGUCGUCAGAGCCGGAAGAAGACAGACGAGGAGGAGAAGCUGCUGAAGCUGCUUCAGGGAAUCCACAAGCCGCAGGACGGUUUCACGCAGUGGUGUGAGCAAAUGCUCCAUGCCCUCAAUACCUCCAGCAACCUUGAUGUCCCCACUGUGGUGGCCUUCCUGAAGGAGGUGGAGUCCCCCUACGACGUCCACGACUGCAUCCGCUCCUACCUGGGAGACACGGUGGAAGCCAAAGAGUUCGCGAAGCAGUUCCUGGAGCGCCGUGCCAAGCAGAGAGCCAGCCAGCAGCGCCAGCAGCAGCAGGAAGCCUGGCUGUCCUCCAGCAGCCUGCAGUCCCUCUUCCAGUCCAACCACAGCCCCAAGGCCUCCUCCUUCGAGAACAGCCAAGCCGCCAAGAUCAAGAGGCGCCCGAUGAUGCUUCACGCGGACCCCAGCAUCCUGGGUUACGCUCUUCACGGCUCCUCGAGCGAGCUGGAAACGGUGGAGGACUACUGACUCACAGCAAUAGGAAUAUCUCUUCGUUUUCAUCUCUCUGUGUCUAUAUCUCUUCUCUCUCUCUCUCUCUCUCUGUAUCUCUGCCGCUGCUGCCUUGAUCUAACCAAUUUCAGUUUCGGCUGAAUGUGCACUGCAAGAGAGGCGGCCAGGUGCCCCCGUCCCAAUCAUCACCCCCCCUUCCCCUCCUGGACCGGAGGUCGGAAGUCGUGGGGAGGGAGCGGUCAGUGGCGGCAACGGUCAGCUGGACACCGGCCAGGAGGAGGAUGUUAAGCACUUCUUUCCUUACGAGAAAAAAAACAAAAAACAAAAAUAAGCACCUUAACGAACAAAAAACUUUUUUUUUUAAUGCCGA